AUGUGUACAGUGGCUGGAGGCAUGAGCAGGGCUGAGCAUGAACAGCGACGUAUUUAUGGUUCUGAGUGCGGUGAGGAGUUACCUCGCUACGCCAGCAGUCCACAACGUCAGUCAUCGCCGUUUCCACACGAGAGCACUAACCGUAGAUUCUACAGAAGAAACAGGAAUUCUAAAGGAGAAGAGAUAUUCACUGCUGAAACGGGCGGUACGCUUUCACGAAGACCGCGCCGCGAAGAUUUUCCACACGAUAACAACACACGCAACGGCCGCCUCUGCCUCAACAAUGGUAAAGCUAAAGUUAAUAUUGUUGCAGAUAUUAUUGUUCAAAAUGAUAGAGUUUUAGAAGAUAACGAAAGUUCCCAAGAAGAUGAUAUGAAUGACACUGACAAAGACAGCGACGAUGAUGAUAAUAUAAUAAUAAUAAUAUAA